GGAAGAGAAGGAGCGCUGGAUCCGGGCGAAGUACGAGCAGAAGUUGUUCCUGGUGGGGCUUCCUCAGUCAGACGUGCCUCUGGGACAGCAGCUCCUGCGGGCCGUGGUGGAGGACGACCUGAGGCUAGUGGUUGUCCUGCUGGCCCACGGCACCAAGGAAGAGGUCAACGAGACGUACGGGGACGGCGACGGACGUACCGCCCUGCACCUGUCCUGCGCCAUGGCUAAUGUGGUCCUCACGCAGCUGCUCAUCUGGUACGGCGUGGACGUGAAGAGUCGCGACGCCCGCGCUCAGACGCCACUGUCCUACGCCCAGCGAGCAGGAAGUCAGGAGUGCGUCGACAUCCUCAUCCAACACGGUUGUCCCAUGACACCCACAGCCACCCAACACAAUCCCAACAUCAACAACAACGCUCAAUGCGAGCUGAACCGUAGUGUUAGCAUCAUGUGAUCGUGGCCCGCAGUGUCUCUAGUGUCUCUUCUCAAAGAUGUUGAUGUUCCCAUAGAUGCUGCUCUCGUUAAAUGGCAUCAUUUCCCUCAGCAGUACGUCUUUAUUAGGAAACUGUGCGUAAUGUGUCACGUAAACCCAUUACCCUCAUGACGACUUCCUGUGACCAAUGUUAGCGUACGGCAAGAAUUAGCAGUGUUAACAUUAUCACUGCGUGUUAUUUUUAAGCUGAAGAAAAUUUGGUUUUUAAAGAUCCUUUCUUGUGUGUGUAUAGAACAAAAAAAUGAAAUGAUGGGCAACAGGUUCUAAAGAUAAGUUAGAUUUUUUUUAAGGUACAUCGGUUUAGAAAUAAUCAGACGAC